AACGAGCUUUGAAACUUUGAGACUUCCUGCGGGAUAUUAGUAAACCACAUUUGAGCCUCCAGAAGGCCCGAGGGAGUCGAGCACCCAACACUACGUUCUUUGAGCUUUUGCAGUCAUCACUCUGUAUGACUGAGUGGCCGUCCCUUCUUUCCCGUAUUAUCUGUUGGCCGUGAAUUCUGUGUGAGAGGAGGGUUUCGGCGAAUCCAGUAGUCGAGGAGUGGGCGUGGGAGAGCGGAUCAAGGUUUUAAAGCUACAUGGGAUGCCUGCACAAGCACUGGAUUUUGUCCUGCAACAUCUGAAAGCUACCACGCAGAGUGCUCUCCCUCCCAGAAGCAGGCUAGAAGCCAAGGGGAAGACAGAGGACAGAAAUGAAUAUGUUCCCAAGCUUUCCUGGUGGUUUAUGGAAUUCUCCAAACUCCUAUGCAAGGGUUAUUCCUGACGGAGAAGACCAAAGGAGACCAUCCCUGAAAUCAAGUCCAGAUGAAGAGCUAAGAGGAAAAAAGUGAAUAUGGUUUUUGCUCACAGAAUGGAGAACAGCAAGCCGCCUUUGGUCAUCCCCACGCCCCUGGUGCCCCUCCGAAACCACAGCUGCACCGAGACGGCCACACGCCUGCCAAGCCGUGACCUGACGGACUUACGUGGGGAGCACGGCUGGAUGAGCAACAGGACGGACCUGCAGGACGGACUGAGACCUGGGGAAGUGGCCACGGCCAGCAUUUUCUUCGGGGCCCUGUGGCUCUUCUCUGUGUGUGGCAACUCUCUGGUUUGUGUGGUCAUCCACAGGAGCAGGAGGACACAGUCCACCACCAACUACUUUGUGGUCUCCCUGGCGUGUGCCGACCUUCUCGUCAGCCUCGCCAGCACGCCUUUCGUCCUGCUUCAGUUCGCCACGGGGAGGUGGACGCUCGGCAGCGCGGUGUGCAAGCUUGUGCGGUAUUUUCAGUAUCUCACCCCGGGCGUCCAGAUCUACGUCCUCCUCUCCAUCUGCAUAGACCGGUUCUACACCAUUGUCUAUCCCCUGAGCUUCAAGGUGUCCAGAGAAAAAGCCAAGAAAAUGAUCGCCGCGUCGUGGGUCUUGGAUGCAGCCUUCGUGACCCCCGUGCUCUUCUUCUACGGCUCCCCCUGGGACAGUCAUUGCAACUACUUCCUCCCUGCCUCGUGGGAAGGAACCGCCUACACGGUCAUCCAUUUCUUGGUGGGCUUUGUGAUUCCUUCCGUCCUCAUCAUCUUGUUUUACCAGAAGGUCGUGAAGUACAUCUGGAGAAUAGGCACCGAUGGCCGGACAGUGCGGAGGACGAUGAACAUCGUCCCGAGGACGAAGGUGAAAACGAUCAAGAUGUUCCUCAUUUUAAAUCUACUGUUCCUUCUCUCCUGGCUGCCUUUUCACGUGGCUCAACUGUGGCACCCCCCCGAGCGGGACUCCAAGAAAAGUUCCCUUGUUUUCACAGUCAUCACGUGGAUCUCUUUUAGCUCUUCAGCCUCUAAACCUACACUCUAUUCCAUUUACAAUGCCAACUUUAGGAGAGGGAUGAAAGAGACUUUUUGCAUGUCCUCAAUGAAGUGUUACCGAAGCAAUGCCUAUACGAUCACAACCAGUUCAAGGAUGGCCAAAAAAAACUACGUUGGCAUUUCAGAAAUUCCUCCCACGGCCAAAACUAUAACCAAAGACUCGAUCUAUGAUUCAUUUGACAGAGAAGCCAAGGAAAAAAAGCUCGCUUGGCCCAUUAAUUCAAAUCCACCAAAUACUUUUGUCUAAUUUCGCAGAGUUCUUUCAACUAUCCUUGUUGCCAGAGAUUAAAAAGCUUUAACUCUAAAAACAGAAGCUGUUUAUAUGCACUUUUUUGCCAUCAACUUUUCUGAGGGAAAUGUUUUAUUUUGUAAAAUGCAUUUUACUAUUGAUUAGAAUUUCUGUGGUUUUCUUUUGGCUGCUUUUUGUUUGAGGGGAAGCUUUCACCUUGAGCUGUAGUUAAUAGUCCUUUUACUCUAUUAGUUACGUGCGUAAAAGAGAGAAUGCUUUCCUACUUUUUAUUUACUGUUAUUAGGUCCCAAGAGCAUAAACCGUACACAUAGCCUCUGAUUAAUGACUCACCUUAGUUUUAUUCUGUCUCCUUUUUCUCCUCCCUACUGAAAUUUUAUAACCAUGGGCUUCUGUUGCAAAUGAAAUCUUCUGUGACACACAUUUCAGAGGCUUGUAUUUCUCUAAGUAACAUUGAGGGAGUAUUAAUAUUGUACAUGUUUUUACAUUACCGUCUUCCAAGUAACCACUGUCCAGAUCUCCUGUAGAAAGCACUCCAUAUGGUGGAAUAUACUGGAACUUUCUGGGAAGUCCUCUGUGAUUAAAUUUGAUUCAAGAUUCUUAGGCAAAGAAAACUUGUAAAGCUGCCUAAUUUCUCUCUUUCUCUCCCUCUCCCUUUCUCCCUCCCUCUCUCUCUUUGUCUCUGUCUCUCUCUCUCCAUCUCUCAUUUUCAUUCUCCCUUAACCUAAGCAGCUGAUGAGGUCUUGAAAGUUCCAAGGUCAAUAUGAUGUUUCUCUCACAUCUGUGUCCCAUCUAGGCUAUGUCUAGAAUGUUUACUUCCCUUCUUUGAGUUAAAGUAAAGCAAACGAGUAGGCGUCCUUGCUAGGCAAGCCCUUUAGAAAAUGCCAGUGGGAGAAACGACAGAUGGCAUCUCUCUUUGCUCUGCACUUCAGGAAGAGGGUUUUGGCUGCCCGGCCCUAUUGCUGUCCACAGAGAUGGGAAGCACAGGGCACGCCUUCUUCAUCCUCCUAGACACUCAGGCGUGAGGCCGUACCUCCAGCCAGCGCCGCUUUUCCCUCAUCUCUGUCCAGAAUACAUGAUCAUACCCUGGCCAAGCUCAGACUCUUCUUGGCCUGUGCUAUCUUGAGGUUUUCUUCUCUGCUUGUCAGCUUUUUCUUACUUUCAGUCUGGGUCCAGCACAUUUUAAAAACGUUCCUAUUUAAACAAUAAAGCGCUUACAGACAAGACAGGUAUGUGUUUUCAUAUCCCAGUUAAGAGCUGCAAAUAAUAAUUCCAGUUCUUCAGCGAUUUUACCUGCAUCAUCUCAUUUUGUCCCCUCGGGAAUUCUGUGAUGUACCUUUUCUUGUUAUCUGUGCUUCGUAGAUGGGAACCUGGAAUGCCACAUGUUGUGACUUGCCCAUGUUGGAGUGUGACAAGGCUGAUAUUCACACUCGGGGUCUCUAACUGCAAGUACAUCACUCUUCCCUUGGCAUUACAGGUGUCAGGUGUCCCUCUAAGGAACACACGAGUGGCCAGACCCACCCAGGCCUCGGCGGGUCUCCUGGUUGCUGCUUCAAUGGAAAUCUAAUGUCUAAGAGAAUCUGGCCAUUCUUAAAAGGAGAGUCUGGGUGGAAUUUAAUGAGCUGACCCUCACCUUUUCUUUCGCUGUGGAUGGGUUCUUGGACUUGUACUGAACGUCCAAGAUAUAGACACAGGGAAAUGAGACAAGACUGUGUUCGAUAUUUAGGGCAAGGAACAAGAACAAGAAAGCAUUUCAUCUACAAAACAUCUACAGAGCCGGUAUUUUUAAAUAGAGGUGCUUCCUUCAAGUUCAAAAGGCAAAAAGAACAUCUCACAUUUUUCUUUUCCUUUUUCCUCCUCAUCUUCUUCCUUAUCCCAUCAGCAGAUGGCACUCUAAAAUGACAAAAUGAGCUAGGCAUUUCUCUCACUUGCCUCUCGAAUUCUGUGGUUCAGACUUGUUAAAAAAAAAGAGAAGACCUUUGCAUUUUUGGCCAUUUUUUGGUCCAUACUGUUGGUCUAUUUAAAAAGAACAUG